AUGGCGCCCUCAGCUACCGGUGGCAAGAAGCAAAAGAAGAAGUGGUCCAAGGGCAAGGUCAAGGACAAGGCCCAGCACGCCGUUGUUCUGGACAAGACCAUUGAGGAGAAGCUCAACAAGGAUGUCCAGACCUACCGUCUGAUCACCGUCGCCACCCUUGUCGAUCGUCUCAAGAUCAACGGCAGCCUUGCCCGCCAGGCUCUCGCUGACCUCGAGGCUCGCGGUCAGAUCAAGAAGAUUGUUGGCCACAACAGCCUGAACAUCUACACCCGUGCCGUCACCGCCGAGUAAACGUUCCGUUUAUCGUCAUUUCUCGCGGUUCUUUUAUUUCCUUUGCUACGAAUGAUAUCACAAGGGAGACU